AAGAAAAUCAUAUUAGCGGAUUAUUAUAUAUUUUACAUUAGAUAGAUUGUAAGUUUUUUUUUAAUUGAAAAUAACCUGCAAAAUCGAAUACACCCUGUUGGUCAAAAUAGUUUUAACUUGUCACCCUCUCAUUGCGAGUACUGAUAACAGCAAUAUAUUUGAAGAUCAAACACACAAAAUAUUUUUCCAGUCAUUAUCUUUUAUUGCCAAAAGAUUUUGGACUCUCUUCUAUAUUUAUUCCUUGGGUAAUAAGUGAAGUGUGAAUAUGGCGCUAAAAUGGGGAAUUGUGACUACAGGACUCAUUGCACACGAUUUCGUAAAUGCUCUGUCCAGUCUUCCGGCAAAUGAGCAUGAAGUUGUGGCAGUUGCAGCGCGAAAUAAGAACAAAGCUGAAGAAUUUGCAGCUACUCACGGGAUUCCGAGGGCAUAUGAAGGUUACGAAUCAAUUGCAAAAGAUCCAGAAGUUGAGGUCGUCUAUGUGGCUGCCCUCAAUCCCAAUCACUAUGAAAUUUCUAAGCAAAUGCUUGAGCAUGGGAAGCAUGUUCUUUGUGAGAAACCUUGAACGAGAAAUAUGAACGAGAAGGAAGCCAGAAAAUUGAUAACUUUUGCGGAAUCCAAAAAGCUCUUCCUAAUGGAAGCCAUCUGGUCGCGAUUCUUCCCCAGCUACCAAUACCUCAAGCGUCAGAUUGAUUCUGGAGCUCUGGGGGAUAUCAAAGAGAUCAAUGCAACAUUUGGUUUUUGUUUGGACAGUGACAGGCUUUACAGUAAAACUCUAGGGGGAGGAACAGUCCUUAAUAUCGGAAUAUACCCUAUUCAAGUAUGCCAAUGGGCUUUCAGGGAACCUCCGAAAGAGAUCAAGGCUACAGGAAAGUUAAACGACGAUGGAGUGGAUAUAGAGAUGCAAAGCGAACUAAUUUACAGCACUGGAGUAGCUAAAAUUCAAACUAGUAUCACUAAAAAGUUCAAAAAUGAGGCAGUUAUUAUUGGUACAAAGGGACAAAUCACGCUGAAUGAAAUAUUUUGGUGUCCAAUUUCCCUAACGGACAUUGAUGGAACUGUAAAGACUUGGCCUCUGCCAAACGCUAAGGAUCCCCAUUUCAACUUCCCCAAUAGCUGUGGGCUCCGUUACGAAGCCGAAGAGGUCAGACAGUGUAUCAGGGCUGGACUUUUGCAGAGUGAACAUGUUUCGCACAACGAUAGCCUCGUCAUUGCGAAAAUUGAAGAUGAAAUUCGUCGGCAGAUUGGUGUGAAAUACGAUGCAGAUGAACAGUAAAUUGAUCAAAUAGAGGGAAAUGCGGUACCUUCAGAGAUCUUAAGCUUGAACAACUAAAUUAUUUCUAUUUUAUCUUAAUGAAUUUGUCCUAUGACACUUUUAAAAAAAUGUAAGGCAUAGAACUAAUUAUUAAAAUAAAAUAAAUAUUGCCAUGGAUCAGAUUUCUUAAGUAAGGUAUGCAAAAAUAGUUAAUCCGAAGCUUUAGUCGUCCCAAGCUAUUUAGUUAUCGCAAUUUACCUUACUCCUACAGGGAAGAAAAAAUAGUGCUGAAUUGAAUUAUAUUUUUAAAGCGCUUUUGAAUGAAAUAUACGAAAUUUAUUGCACAGAAA